AUGCCGACACCAUCCAUCCCAUCAAACGAUGCGGAUGGGAACUGGAAUCCGGAUGACGUGACAAGCCAGGCGUCCAGCGAAGUCAUCAAAAGCAUCCUGAUUGAUGUUCCGCCGGCCGGUCCCGAAGCUGAUGGUUUGGCUGUACUUCGGGAUCAGUUCCAGUCAGAGGUCCAGGCCAUUCUCGCGCGGCUGCAGGCAGUGGAGACAUAUCUGGGAAUGUCCGUACCUCCGAGGGGCGGGGAGAACAAUCUCUGCCAUGAUGAGGAUACCCCCAGCACUUUGAAGAAAACCUGGAUGCAGAUGCCGCAUGACCAGGCCAUUGAUAACGACGUGCUUACUCAGACAUCCAGGCUGGAAGAGAAGUCGACGCCGGUCCGUUUCGAAGAAAGUGCGUGGAGCAUUCCGAUGGUCAUUGGUUUGGCCGACGUCGGAUGGUUUGACGCGAUCUGUUCGCUGCUGCUGGUGCUGCUGAACUUCACCAUGCAAGUUGCUUUCUCAGGCGUCCUGCUAUCCGACAGCUUUAUGGGCGACAGCUUUGACACCAAGGUGGGCAGUGCCAAGACCUGGCGGACGAGAGUGGCUCACGACGAUGCCUACCUCGAUCUCGGAGGUACAAGUCUGGUGUCACGCGUUUGCGCCGGAGACGGCGCCCUUAUCCUGUCGACGCAGCAGGCGACCCUCAUCGAGGAGAUCAACAAGUUCCUGGCACUGGGAAAGGAUGAUUUGGAGCCCCCGGUCUUUCAGAUUGGAGUAAUGCUCUGCGUGCUAUGCAUUCUCCUCUGGAGCUUGUGCGUCUACAAGGAGAUACGCCGAGUAUGGCUAUCCCUCGAAGCAACAUUGCAAAUUCCGAAGGCACGCAGAACAAUCUUGAAGAAUCAGAAGAUCACCAGCAUCUCCUGUGGCCGCUACGCGAUGCUGCUCGUGACUUACCUAGCAAGAGCAUCUAUUGCUUCGGUGCUCCUAGUGGCUGGAAUUCUCUGGCUGGCCCGGACAACUUCGAUUGAGGAGCUGAUGCUGAAUGCGGUCGCCUUGAACGCCAUUUUGGACGUUGACGAGUUCCUCUUUGCGGGCAUGACACCCAUUAAGGUCCAGCAUGCUGUGCAGAGCUUGGAACCCAUACAGGUGCGGUACAGCCGUCGCCGAAGCCAGUGUGAGACUUUGGUGCACGUCAGCCUGAUCCUGACGACGGUGCUCUUGUCAUACACCCUCUUGCUGGUUCCUCUGUCCAACACCAUGCAGACGGUGAAAAAUGAGCUCUGCGGUGGCAAUCGAACCUUUGUGGUCUCGUACAAUCGCGAGACGCAGGAAAUCAUUGGCUUGACCACAAGACUGCCGGCUGAAGAAGGGGAGAGCAAUCUGUCAGCAAUCGAGCUGGCUGUUAGAUCUCACAUCGGCAACUCGCCAGAGACUACUCCCGGUCAGGUACCCGACUACAUCAGCUUCUCAGUGAAUCGAAGAGUUUUCGGAGCGGACGCCGAGCGUUCUAUGCUUGAAAAAGCCAGACAAUUCCCACUCUGCAUGGAAACCUUGGUGCUCAAUGAGGGUGCUCUUUUGCACAACGAUCCGGCGCUGCGGCCACUGGUGGAUGUUAUGCUGAGGACAGCGGGUCUAGCUCUCGGCCGGGAGAUGGUUUCAAGCUGCCAGGAGCUCAGUGACUUCUGCGACCACGCGGAGGCCAGCUUGCUGCGUCUCGUUUGUGGCGAGACCUGUGGCUGCACCGAUCCCGUCUCUAACCCAUGGUACAAAGUCGAGGCACAAGGCUGCAGUACUUCAUGCCUUAUUGAGGCGAACUGGAAUGGAAGGGACAUCCCUUGCGUGGACAGCGAGGCGAACCGGAGCUGGGAAAUGUUUUGGAAUUCGUAUCCGGAUGCCGUGUCGGCUUUCUAUGGGCAGCCCAUAGAGCGGACCGUCCUAUGGCCAGAUCUGAAAAGGACCAUGCAGGGAAUGUUGUCUCAAGGCUGUUCAUACCUGAGAAUCGCUCCCUUUGAUUCGCUGACCAGUGCUCAUUUCUGUGAGGGCCUCACGACAUUGUUCAAGCCUUUGACUACGAUUUGCCCUUUCACCUGUGGCUGCGAAGACACACCCAAAAUCGGGUGCCCUUCCAGCUGCACUGGCCAAUCCGAUCCGAGCCAGGGGUUAGCCUCACGCUAA